AUGAUAUUGACUGGAAAAUUAACCUUUGGAUGUGUCUUUUGGGUUGUGGUUUUGUGUGUUCCUCAAAGGUAUCAAGUUGAGGUGUUUGAAGUUGCCAAGAGAAGGAAUACUAUAGCAGUGCUGGAUACUGGUGCUGGAAAGACGAUGAUAGCUGUGAUGCUUAUUAGGCAUAUAGCUCAUUCUAUUAAGUCCACUCACCAAAAGAAGCUGAUUCUUUUCUUGGCUCCCACAGUCCAUAUUGUUAAUCAGCAAUUUGGGGUCCUAAAAGACUACACGGAUUUGGCAGUGGAAGAAUUCCAUGGAGCCAAGGGAAUAGACGACUGGAAUUUGAACUGCUGGGAAAAGGAAAUUGAAGAGCAAGAUGUUAUGAUCAUGACACCACAAAUUCUCUUGGAUGGCUUAAGAAAAGCAUUCUUCAAAAUGAAAACAGUCUCUUUGUUGGUUAUUGAUGAAUGCCAUCGUGCAAGUGGGAACCAUCCUUACGUUAAAAUAAUGAAGGAAUUUUAUCACAUGUCCAGUGACAAGCCAAAGAUUUUUGGAAUGACAGCAUCACCAGUCAUUGGAAAGGUUAUCUCAUCCACCAUGGACUGCAAAGGUCAGAUGUUUACUCUUGAAAGCAUCUUGGAUUCCCAGAUUUAUACUGUUAAAGACCGAACAGAAUUGGAAAUAUGUGUACCCUCUGCCUCUGGAACUUGUAGAUUCUAUGAUCAGGCACGAGUUCCAUUUGAGGGUCUAAAACUAAAGAUGGAAUCUCUAUGGCCAGAGUUUGAUGCUUCAUUGCUGAGACUGCAACGGUCAAUGGAAUGCCAAUAUAAAGACGUGGAUGAUAGACUUGAGAGAAUGAGAAAGCGAUUGUCUAAAGAUUAUUCAAAGAUUUUGUAUUGCCUUGAAGAUCUUGGCCUUGUGUGCGCUUAUGAGGCUGCUAAAUUCUGUCAAGAGAACAGCCCUGAUCCUCAAGAGGGGUGUAAACUAUAUGAUGAAAGCCGUUUGAAGCACGCACAAUUUCUUAAUGAACUGAUGCAGCUACUUGGGGCAUUUUUCCCUACUGGAAUUAACAACUUUGGGGACUUUAGUGAUGACCUCGUAAAAGAAGUAGACUUGGGAUACAUUUCUCCAAAAUUAUAUGAACUAAUAAAAAUUUUCAAAUCAUUUGGAGAAAGUAAGGAUGUAUUGUGCCUCAUAUUUGUUGAAAGAAUUAUCACAGCGAAAGUCAUUGACAGACUUGUGAAGAAAGUCAAGUUUUUAUCACAUUUUACUGUGUCACAUCUAACUGGAAGCAAUAAUUCUUGUGAUUCAAUAGUGCCAAAGAUGCAGAAAGAAAUAUUACAGUCGUUUUCCUGUGGAAAGGUUAACCUACUAUUUGCAACUGAUGUUGUUGAGGAGGGAAUUCAUGUGGCAAAUUGCUCUUGUGUGAUACGUUUUGAUCUGCCCAAAACAGUUCGUAGUUAUGUCCAAUCAAGGGGACGUGCUCGGCAAAACAAUUCUCAAUUUAUCAUCAUGCUUGAAAGGGCAAAUGUGAAACAAAGAAAUCAACUGUUUGACAUUAUUACGAGUGAAUAUUCAAUGGAAGAUGUGGCGAUGAAAAGAGAACUCGAUUCUUCUGCUUUGGUACCCUAUAGGAAUGAGGAAAUACACACAUAUAGUGUCAAUAAAACGGGUGCACGUGUUACUGCAGAUUCUAGUGUCAGUCUCAUCCAUAGAUAUUGUGAAAAGCUUCCUGGUGAUAAGUACUUUGUUCCAAAACCAAUUUUCCAAUUGUCAUAUUCAGAAGGGAAUUAUCAAUGUAAAUUAUCACUUCCUCCUAGUGCACCAUUUCACACGUUAAUUGGUCCUGCGAGUAGUAAUUCUCAGUUGUCAAAGCAGCUUGUAUGCUUGGAGGCAUGUAAAAAGCUGCAUCAGAUGGGUGCUCUAAACGACCAUCUGCUCCCUUUUUCUGAAGAGCCUUUAGAUAUUAAUAUGAGCUUUAAUUGGAAAAAUUCAUCAUCCGGGGAAGGUAUUACUGUAGGAACAACAAAACUGAAGGAAUUACAUGGGACUACUUGUAUUAAUGCAUUAUCUGGAACUUGGGUUGCAAAUCCUAAUGGAGCCACUUUUCAUGCCUAUAAAUUUGAUUUUGCUUGUGACAUUAUCGAAGAGAUUUAUUCUGGAUUUGUUCUUCUGAUGGAAUCAAAACUUGAUGAUGACGUGGGAAAUUGUGAGGCAGAUCUAUACUUGAUCUCAAAGACAGUCAAUUCUUGUGUUUCUGCAUGUGGAAAACUGUAUUUGGAUGCAGAACAGAUGUUCAAAGCAAAGUGUUUCCAGGAACUUUUCUUCAAUGGUUUGUUUGGGAGACUCUUCGUUGGAUCAGAAGAAUCUGGAGUAAAGAGAGAAUUCUUACUCCCGCAUCAAACAAGUAAAUUAUGGAGCCCAUCAAAGAUGUAUAUGCUUUUGCCAUUAGAGACAUUAAACAGUGAAGGAGAAGCUUGGAGAAUAAACUGGAGAGGGGUGAGCUCCUGUAUUGGAGUGAUAAAGCUUUUUCAGAGUAGAGCUCUGAGCAAUGCAUCAAGUUCUGAGCAUAGUCACGAACAAAAUUUAUCAGACUGGAAUGGUUCAUCUGAUAUGAAGCAGAAGAGCUCAAAAACAGUCCAUUUUGCUAAUUGUGUGGUUGAUAUUGAUGAUCUCAAAGACAUGGUAGUUUUGGCUAUUCACACUGGAAAGUUCUAUUCUGUGGUUGAAGUUGUAACCAAUACUUCUGCUGAGAAUCCUUUCAGCUACACUGGAUCUCAAGUGUCUGUUUCGUCCGAAUAUAGUACUUACAUUGAUUACUUCAAUAAAAAGUAUGGGAUUGUGCUGAUGUACCCAGGACAACCUUUGUUAAGGUUAAAGCAAAGUCAUAACCCUCAUAAUCUACUUGUGAAUUUCAGGAGAGAAGGUGUAUCUCCGGCUUCAGAACAAGAACAAGUUCAUGUUUAUAUGCCACCUGAGGUUUUAGUCAAGACUGACGUUCCUGUAGAAGUUUUGAAGUCAUUUUACUUGCUGCCAUCACUAAUGCACCGCUUAGAAUCCUUAAUGUUAGCCAGCCAGCUUAGAAAGGAGAUUAAUUUUAACUCUGGCAGCUUUCAGAUACCAAGUUCUCUGAUCCUUGAAGCACUGACAACAAUGAAAUGCUGUGAAAACUUCUCCAUGGAACGUUUGGAAUUGCUCGGGGAUUCAGUUCUAAAGUAUGCAGUGAGCUGCCACCUUUACCUUAGAUAUCCUGAGAAAGAUGAAGGACAGCUAUCUGAUUGGCGUUCGUCUCUUAUUUCUAAUUCAGCUUUGCAUAAAUUAGGAACCAACUGCAAGUUGCAGCGAUAUAUACGUGAUAGUGCAUUUGAACCACGUCGUUGGGCAGCACCAGGGCAGCUUUGUAUACAUUCUGUUCCUUGUAGAUGUGGUGUGGAUACUUUAGAAGUUCCCUUGGAUGAGAAGUUCCAAACUAAAAAUCCAUCUUGUAAGGUUGGAAAGUUGUGUGACAGAGGACACAGGUGGAUUUGUUCAAAGACUAUAUCUGAUUGUGUUGAGGCCCUUAUAGGAGCUUAUUAUGUGGGAAAUGGCCUUGUUGCUGCCCUUCAUACGAUGAAAUGGUUUGGUAUUGACCUUGAACUUGAUCCUUCACUAGUAGUAGAAGCAAUCAGCAAGGCAUCAUUGAGGUCCUAUGUACCAAAAACUAAUGAGAUCACAACCUUAGAAUUAAAGCUUGGAUAUGAGUUUUCUAGCAAGGGUCUCUUACAGGAGGCUAUAACUCAUGCAUCUGAGCAAGAACUGGGGGUUGGCUAUUGUUACCAGAGGCUUGAAUUUCUGGGCGAUUCAGUUUUGGGUCUUCUCAUUACGUCGCAUCUCUACAAGAACUACCAAGAUAUUGAUCCCGGAAGAUUGACUGAUUUGCGUUCAAAUGCAGUUAGCAAUGAAAACUUUGCUCAAGUAUGCAUAAGAAGGGACCUUCAACCACACCUUCUGCACUGUUCAGGGUUCCUUCAAAGCCAAGUAACAGAGUUUGUGAGGUCAUUGACUAUGCCUCUCAACAAGAUCAAAGUACCAAAAGCUCUUGGAGACAUGGUGGAAAGCAUUGCUGGUGCAAUACUCAUUGAUACCAAUCUUGACCUGGACAAAGUUUGGAGAAUCUUUGAACCACUAUUGUCUCCAAUAGUGACUCCUGAUAGCCUAAAACUCCCUUCACUACGUAAACUAAAUGAGAUGUGUCACUCUCUUGGGUACUUUAUAAAAGAAAGAUGCAUACAAGUGGGAGACAUGGUUCAUUCUGAGCUUAGAUUGCAGAUGGAAGAUGUCUUAUUAGUUGGAAGAGGCUGUGAAAGAAACAAAAAGGCUGCCAAAGCAGCAGCUGCAAGCUGUUUGUUAGACGAACUUGAGAAGAAGGAUAUUUCAAAACCCAAUGGCAUUUCCAAGAGGAGAAAAAGAGGUUCUGAUGAAGAUGAAGAUUUCAUUACUUCUUCAUUGGAUAUAAAGUUAUGUGGUCAUGUAACUGCUGAGGAAUCUUGCAGCAAAGGAAAGGAAAAGAUAACUGAAAGUCAAUGUCCACAAGAAUCAGCUAAAGCUUCCUUCUCAAUCAAUGAUUGUUCUUGGAAAACCUGCAGCAUCGUUCCUGCCAUCCCAGUUAUUGGACCAAUAAACAUGAGCAAAGGUGGACCCCGGACCUCGAUAUUUGGAAUAUGCAAGACAUUACAGUGGCCGAUGCCAACAUUCAGAACCAAAGAAACGAAAUCCAGAACUCCGAUUGAAUUCGGAGAAGGCUCAGAGAAAAGAUAUGGUUUCAACAGCUAUGUCUCUAAAAUCACGUUACAGAUCCCAAACUGCGGCAUAAUGGAGUGUACAGGAGAUCCUAAGGCUGACAAGAAAACUUCGUAUGACUCUGCAGCUCUCGCAAUGCUUCAUGAACUUGAACACCACCGCAGGAUAUCUAUUAUUAGGUCCUAA